GAGCAGUCUUGGAGAAACUUGCGCCGUCGUCUUCCCACCCUCUUUUUGCCUUGUUCGGCCGAAGACUGUCGCCAUCGUCUUCCCCGGGAAGGACCACAGGAUCGCUUGGGAGUGCAUCCGAUGGCCGGAUUCGAUCAUCUGCCCGCACCUGCGGGGAACAAUGACCCAGAUGGUGGUGAUCCGAACAGAGAUUUCCUAAUCGAUGACUACCUCAACCUCACGGGGUACCCUGAUGGGCAGUUGGAACCACACCCAAUACCAGGCUCCCAUGCUGCCGGAACCGGUGGUUUUGUCAGUGAUGAUCUUCUCUUCUCCUUGCUGAACGAUCCAGAACAACUGGCGAUGGUCCUGUACGAGAUUGGUGUGGAUCUGCAUGAUGAGAUCCCAUAUCCUGAUACUUUGCUUGCCAUCGAUGACUACGAAGAUACCCUUUUCGGUUCGCCAACUAUGUCAUCUCUGCUUGCAUCGCCAGUGAUGGUUCCUGGUGACCCAUUGGAAGUUGGGUUGCUGGAACCAAUUGCGCCGGCGCCACUUGCCAUUGCGCAAAGUGUGCCAGAGGGAGAUACAUGGAGCUCGGUUGCUGCUAGGACCGGGAAUCGCGGAAGAAGCAUUACUUGGGGUGGAAACCUGCCGGGUCUCGGCGGCAGUUCGUCGUCCGACAUGGCCACAUCCGUUAACGGUAGUGAAGAUCUGUACGGGGACGACGAAGCAGAGGAUUCGAACGCGGUGGCGAGGCGAACACGGAGCGGUGGUGCGCACAGGCGUCGGCGGACUCUGCGCAGGGGUUCCACCUAGUUUCGUAGCACGAACAGGGUGAGAUACAGGGACAACAAGAGCUGCGUGCACUGUGGUGUACAGAAAUCAGUUCAGUGGAGACAUGGCCCUGAUUGCCAGUCGCCACUAUGCAAUCCCUGCGGCAUACGUGCGUACGCUAGGAAGCUGCUCCCAGAGUACCGUCCGGCCAACAACCCGACGUAUCAAGGUGCAGUGCAUUCGAACAAUGACAGGCGAGUUAUGGAGCUGCAUCAGCAGAACCUGGCUGCGAACCAGGAAGACGUUGCCGAUCAAGGCAGCGCCGACCAUUGAUCGCCUUUAUCAGCGUCCCGAGCCACGAUAAGAACUAAACUCCUGUAGAAGGCCAGAUGGUCGAUCAGUUCCGUAUCUGCUCCUCAGGUUUAUUUUGUCCUUUUGGGUUCUAACUGUUACUGCACAAGGACUGGUUGUGCAAUCAAACUAAUCGUAUGCGAUGCAGCUAUACUCCAUAGAAGCUGAUGAGCACUUCUCCGUACGUAUUAUGUGGUACCUCAUAAGCGAUGUGAGACGUUGUAGUGGCUGGGGCUAAUUUGGUAUGCAUGUAGUUAUUUGUUGAAUUUAUGUAAAACCGGUACUCGA